GGGUGCUGCUUCUGCGGCACAGGUGGAAGGUGUAACUUGACAGCAUUUAGUAAAGAUAAAGACAAGGAGAAGAAGCUGGAUGAUGACAGUAACAGCCCGACGGUCCCCCAGUCGGCGUUCUUGGGGCCCACCUUAUGGGACAAAACCCUUCCCUAUGACGGAGAUACUUUCCAGUUGGAAUACAUGGACCUGGAGGAGUUUCUGUCAGAAAAUGGCAUUCCCCCCAGCCCAUCACAGCACGACCACAGCCCUCACCCUCCUGGGCUGCAGCCUGCUUCCUCGGCUGCCCCUUCCGUCAUGGACCUCAGCAGUCGGGCCUCUGCACCCAUUCACCCUGGCCUCCCAUCCCCAAACUGCAUGCAAAGCCCCAUCAGACCAGGUCAGCUGUUGCCAGCAAACCGCAAUACACCGAGUCCCAUUGAUCCUGACACCAUCCAGGUCCCGGUGGGUUAUGAGCCAGACCCAGCAGACCUUGCCCUCUCCAGCAUCCCUGGCCAGGAAAUGUUUGAUCCUCGCAAACGCAAGUUCUCUGAGGAAGAACUGAAACCACAGCCCAUGAUUAAGAAAGCUCGCAAAGUCUUCAUCCCCGAUGAUCUGAAGGAUGACAAGUACUGGGCAAGGCGCAGAAAGAAUAACAUGGCGGCCAAGCGCUCCCGCGAUGCCCGGCGGCUGAAGGAGAAUCAGAUCGCCAUCCGCGCCUCGUUCUUGGAGAAGGAGAACUCAGCUCUCCGCCAGGAGGUGGCUGACUUGCGGAAGGAGCUGGGCAAAUGCAAGAACAUACUUGCGAAGUACGAAGCGAGGCACGGGCCCCUGUAGGAUGGCAUUUUUGUGGGCUGGCUUUUGAAUACAUGGACAGUUUGUAUCCUGUCUGAUAGCACCACACCCAAACCAACCUUUCUGUCAUCAGCACUUUACCAGAGGCAUAAACACAACUGACUCACAUUUUGGUGUGCAUCUGUUUGUGUGUGUGUGUGCACGCGCACAUGUGCUUGUGUGUGUGGUCAACAGUGAGUGUGCGUGCGCGUGUGUUCCUUUGCACUUGCCAUUUUAAGAAGCUCUCUCAUCUUUUAGUUCCAAAAAAGAAAGGUGCCAUGUUUUUACUGGACUGUGAAGACCUCUCGUGGGUUUUCCUCCCCUCCCUUCUUCUCCACUCCUUCCCUUUCAAAGUUAGCUUCAUGCUCCAUCUUAUGUGCUCUUCCAGGAGCCUCACCUUGGAGUUCUCCAAGAAGGGCCCUGGUAAAAUAGUAGAUCUCAGUUUGCAAGAGGACACACUCUUGUUUAUGUUUAAUCUGUAAGUUACCAUGCGAAUAAGGUGCACAAAAUAACUUAGCACUACAGUGCAGCUCUAUUAAUUUAUAGGUUGCUUUCCUCAUAUUUUCAGUUUUGGUGAUAAUUGUCUUCAAAUUUAAAGUGCUGGUUAGAUUUAUUAGGUCCCACAUUUACUUACUGCUAUCUACUAAGUUUCCUUUUAAUUCUGCCAACUCCAGAUAAGUAAGAGUACUGUUAUAGAACACAGAGUGUGUUUUUGCAGUCUGUACCUAAAGCAAUAAUCCUAUUGUACGCUAGAGCAUGCUGCCUGAGUAUUACUAGUGGACGUAGGAUAUCUUCCCUACCUAAGAAUCUCACUGUCUUUUAAAAAGCAAACCUUAAAAGUAAUGCAUUUGAGCAUGCCCAGAACAUCCUCAGGACCGAGAAGCAGAGGAGAAUGCAAGGUCUGAGAACGAGGGGUUAAUUUACAUGAGCCAAAAAAAUGUGUUUUGGAACAGCUUUUAACAAUUGACGUGUUUGGUUUGGUUUUCUGUCCUCUCCCGUACUUCUCCUCCCCUCGCCACCCCAUUUCCACUUGACUUUUUCCAUAUCCCUCUUGAUAUUCAGAACAGUUCAGUUACUCAAGAUUUGGUUUUCCCCCUUUUUGUAAUAUAUAUAUUUUUGUGAAUUAUACCUGCUGUUUUUAAAAAUCAGUUAAGUUAAUAAGUUGAUGUUUUAUAAGACCCUUUUUCCUAGUGGUGUCAUUUUUGAAUGCCUCUUAAAUUAAUGAUUCUGGAGCUUAUGUUGCUUAUUCUGUGUUUGCUUUGGAACGUAUGUGCUUUUAUAAAGUGGACUUCUGAAAAAUGAAUGUAAAAGACACUGGUGUAUCUCAGAAGGGGAUGGUGUUGUCACAAACUGUGGUUAAUCCAAUCAAUGUAAAUGUUUACUAUAGACCAAAAGGAAAGAUUGUUAAAUUGUUUAAUGUUUUUACAGAGUAAUUAUAGGAAGUUCUUUUUUGUACAGUAUUUUUCAGAUAUAAAUACUGACAAAUGUAUUUUGAAAGACAUAUAUUAUAUAUAGCAAAGAGAAAAGGAAAACUAUUCCGUGUUUUAAAAUUAUAUAGCAAAGAUAUAUAUUCACCAAUGUUGUACAGAGAAGAAGUGCUUUGGGGUUUUUGAAGUCUUUAAUAUUUUAAGCCUAUUGCUGACACAUCAGCAUGUUUUCUGCUUUAAAUUAAAAUUUUAUGACAGUACCAAGGUUUGCCGUGAUGAAUCCUGCUCCUAAACACAUAAGGAGCAUUCUUAUUUCCUAUUUGGUCUCAGAAAGAAGUCGGUUAAUGCCACCCAAAAGCACAAAAUGGAUUUUAGUCAAAUAUUUAUUGGAUGAUACAGUGUUUUUUUAGGAAAAGCAUCUGCCACAAAAAUGUUCACUUCAAAAUCAUGAGUUUCUGGAAUGAAGCACUGUUGCAAGUGCCCCGAACACUUCUGUUCUCUGCAGGAGCGUGUAUCUUAUGCAGUAUCAGGUUGGCAUCGGUGCUAUGUGUAUGGUUUAUAACUUGAUAGAUAUUAUGACUUUCAGGAUGAUUGCUCUUUUAUUUCACUAAGUUGUAUAAAGUCAAGAUUCUGAUGUGACUGCAAAGGAACAUUUUGUGCUAGAUUAAUUAAAAUACCCUUUCGUCAAUGGGAUUUUCCAGUUUCCUGCCUCCAGAGUAUCUAAUUCUUGUCUCAUCUGGUGGUCUCCUUGUGAGUCCAUCAGCAGUGGUUCUCAUAGUGUCAUAGUCUUGGGAAACCAGACUAGUAGGAUGUUCCUGCUAGGUAUCCAUUUUGUCCCAAGUUACAGAUUAUGGUGGAAGAUGGGAGAGUUUUGGAAAUGAAAUAUAAUAUAAACAUUUGAAAAGCUUAAGCAAAACUGAGUAAGAGCUAUUCAGUGGAAAUAGCGUUGGACUUUUUAUAGGUGAAGAGGCUAAUUGCAGCAGAAUUGUGAAAUGGCAAUAGUCAUUAAGACUAGUCCAGAGAAAUCAAUCUGUGUGUGUAAAUGGAGACACAUUAAGUAGAGAAAUGUUUUAAGUGUGUUGAGCCUUUAAG